GAGCAUAGUUUUAACGAUGAUGAACCCCUAUAUCAGCUGGGCUCUCCUGCUUGUAGUGGCAGGUGGCCUCGGAUGGUACUACAAUGGCCCCACCCCCAAGAUCAAGACCCCGGUCAAGUCUAUCGCAGAGAAAGUCGAGAGCGCGCCGGCCGUGAAAAAACAGAAGCGGAAGACAAAGAAGUCCUCAGAACCCUCCCCUGUGCCCAGCAAAUCCGUCGAGGAAAAGCCCGUGGCCCAGGCUACUGGAUCACAAGCUGAUGAGCAGGAUGAGGAGAUUGACCGAAAGGAGCUAGCUAAGCGCUUUAACGCUGUGAAGAGCGGUGUCCCUGCUCAGCCCAGUGCCCCGAGCAGCAAGUCUGCGAAGAAGAAGAAGAGCAAGGGCGCUCUCCCUCAGCUCGAGAGCGAAGAGCGCUCGGCUUCUCGCGUUUCUACCCGCACCUCGUCCACCACUGGCGCUGACGCCGAUGACGAUCUGUCCCCCGCUGGUUCCCCCCUUGUGAACGCCACCGUUUCUUCCGCUGGUUACAUCUCUGAUAUGCUUGAGGCUCCUGCUCCGGGUGCAUCUGUCCUCCGGGUUACCGGUACCGCUCCGUCUGAGGCCCCGAAGAAGCAGAAGGCCCAGUCUUUCAAGCAGGUCGAGACGAAGAAGCAGCGUCAGCAGCGUCUGAAGAAUGAAGCUCGCAAGCAGGAAGUCCAGGCAGCCGAGGAGCAGAGACGCAAGUUGCUCGAGAAGCAGCUCCACAUGGCCCGCGAGGCUGAGCGCCGUGAGGCGGCCAAGUCGACUCCCAUCGCCCCCCAGACCAACGCUUGGCAGACUAAGGCCGCCCCCAGCGCCACCAACGGGACCCCCAAGCCCACCGAGGCCCCCAAGGUCGAGCUGUUGGAUACGUUCGAGCCUGUUGCCGCCUCCUCCAAGCCUGCCAAGGAAUGGGACCAGGGUCUCCCCUCCGAGGAGGAGCAGAUGCGCCUGCUUGGUGCAGAGAACGGUCAGGACCAGUGGACCACCGUCUCCAGCAAGAAGAUCAAGAAGAAGAGCGGAAAGACGGAUGAGAGCGAAGUCAGUGCUUCUGAGAGCCAGCCUACACCUGCUGCUCCUUCUCCUGCUCCCGUUGAGCCCAAGGUGAAGGUGACACCCACCUAUCUUCCCGAUAUCCUCCGUUCGAACCAGAAGGGCCACCCUCUUGACUCCGACUGGGCUGCCUAAGGAUGUUCUAUUUUUUUCUGCGCGCAAGACGAAUAGCUGGUUUUGUGCAAGAUGCCCUUCGGACACGAGCCGGUUCUAACCAUUCCGUGGGCUGUAUUUAUACUCAUGGCUUUUGGCGUUUGGGACAUUUUAUUCUCUACCAAAACUUUCAGCAUGUAUCUGACCGGCUGCUCUGCUUCCGCCACAAAACCAUGGCUGCAACGACUGAGACACCAUAAUUGGCAGAACAUUCAGAAAACCCCCCGUUCUCCCUAAAAAGCCAUGUACCUUUUCCUGUUCAUCUUCUCCUGUUAUGCUCGGUUUACCCUCUG